GUGGUUUACGUGUCAAACUACUAAAAGAAAGCGACCAAGAAAAUGCGGAACGCUAAAGCCCCUCCUCACACCUGCAAAACUAGAAGAACAAAGAAGGGAAGGAAGAAGGCGGAGAAGAAGAAGAAACUCGUCUUCUUCGUGCGUGUUCAAAUCAAAUGGAAGCGGAAGGAAGUCAGCUGAAGCUCUACUCCUACUGGCGGAGCUCUUGCUCCUGCCGCGUCCGAAUUGCGCUCAACCUCAAAGGGAUUAAGUACGAAUAUGUGGCAGUCAACUUGGCCAAGGGAGAGCAAUCCAACUCUGAGUUUUUGAAGCUUAACCCUCUUGGUUUUGUGCCGGUGCUGGUGGAUGGAGAGGUUGUGGUUUCUGAUUCUUUUGCCAUUUUAAUGUAUCUUGAAGAUAAGUAUCCCCAGCGUCCACUGUUGCCAAGUGAUCUUGCUAAGAGAGCCCUCAAUUACCAGGUUGCGAAUAUUGUUUCCUCAAGCAUACAGCCAUUCCAGAAUUUAGUUGUGCUGAAAUUUGUGGAAGGUAAAAUUGAUCCACAAACAUGGGCUCGGCACCAUAUUGAAAGGGGCUUUGCAGCUCUUGAGAAGCUCCUUAAAGACCAUGCUGGAAAAUACGCAACAGGAGACGAGGUUUUCAUGGCAGAUUUGUUUGUAGCACCGCAGGUUGAUGGAGCAAUUAGGAGAUUCAAAGUUGACAUGACCCAGUUCCCUCUUCUGCUAAGGCUUCACGAGGCAUACAGUGAGCUACCAUCUAUUCAGGAUGCUAUGCCUGAAAGUCAGCCAGACGCUCCUUCAUCUAGCUCCAGUUAA